ACAGAAGAAAAGGAAAUGGAUCAGAAAAUGACACAAAAUUGUUGUUUUUUCUCCAAAAGCAGUAGGAGUGUAAUUGAGUACUUAGGGGCACUUUCCUCUAAUCAAUUGGACUCUCUUACUACUCUUUGUGACACUUUUGUACCUUCAAUUCAUGAUGCUAAUUCCUAUGGUCAUCAAGAUCAAGGCAAUAUUGAUGAUGAUGAUUCUUACACAAAGUUCCUCCAAACUUCAGCAUCCAUGAAUGGAACUCCUCAACAUAUAGCAUGGAUGAUAAACAAUAGAUUGCAACAUCCAAAGAUGAACUUGUGCAAAUUAGCACUAUGGCUAUUAUCAACAAGGAUUGGAACAUUUAUACUUUGUGGUAAAGCAAGCUUGUCAACCCAAUUUCCAUAUUUACAGACAUUUUCUAACAUUUCACCAAAGAAAAGAGAAGAAAGUGUCAAAUCAUGGGCAACAAGUUGUUUCAAACUCCUAAGGAUUCUCUUUUUUGCUGCUAAAAUUCUGGUUCUCCUUGUAUUCUACACUCAGGUAAAUGAUGAAAGCCAGAAUUCAUCAUGGAAAGCACUUGGCUACUCUGGACCUGAUCCAGAUUUCAAGAAGCAAAAACAAGAAAACAUGAACUCUAAUGAAAAGGAUGAUCAACCAUUUGGACCACUUUAUGAAGGAAUCAUAAGUCUAAAGAAUUCACAGAAAAUAAUAUUCCAUAGGCUGCAAGAACUAGGAUUUUCUGUAUCAAAACCGCAUAAUUUCAAGAACGCGAGGAGAAGUACAGAGUGCCCUGCAUUCAUAAUUGAAUGUGAUGCUGUGGUGGUUGGUUCAGGUUCUGGUGGUGGAGUUAUAGCUGGUAUUCUUGCAAAUGCUGGACACAAAGUGCUUGUCCUAGAAAAAGGAAGUUAUCUUGCAAGAACUAAUCUUUCACUUCUUGAAGGAACUUCAAUGGAUCAAAUGUACCUUGGAAGUGGACUACUAACAACUCAGGACAUGGAUAUUAUGCUACUUGCUGGUUCCACAGUUGGUGGUGGCUCGACGAUAAAUUGGUCAGCUUCGAUUCAAACUCCACAACAUGUAUUAAAAGAAUGGUCUGAAAGCUACAAUCUUGAAUUGUUUGAAAGUGAACUCUACAAGGAGGCUAUGAAGAUUGUGUGUGAAAAAAUGGGAGUUCAGUCUGAAAUUGAAGAUGAAGGAUUCCAAAACAUGAUUUUGAGAAAAGGGUGUCAAGAAUUAGGAUAUCCAGUGGAAACAAUCCCUACAAACGCGCCCUCGGAUCAUUAUUGUGGAUGGUGCAGCAUGGGUUGCAAAGAUGGGAAGAAAAAAGGAACAGCUGAGACAUGGCUAGUCGAUUUGGUGAAAUCGGGAAAUGGUGCAAUACUUCCUGAAUGUGAAGCAUUGGAAGUGAUCCAUGAAGAAAAGAAUGACAAUUCAGGAAAAAGAAAAGCUAUUGGAGUUGCUUUUGCAUUUCAAAAUAUUGAAGGGAUGAGAGAAAUUUGUAUGGUGAAAUCAAAAGUCACAAUAGUAGCUUGUGGUGCUCUUAGCACUCCUUCAUUGCUCAAGAGGAGUGGCUUAAAGAAUCCAAAUAUUGGCAGAAACUUACACCUACAUCCAGUCGUCAUCGCUUGGGGAUACUUUCCAGAUUCACCAUCAACAUCUAAUGAAAUAUGGCCAAAAGCAGAGAAGAAAAGUUAUGAAGGAGGGAUAAUGACAGCCAUGUCUAAAGUCGUGGCGAAUUUUGAAGGAUCAGGAUAUGGUGCAGUCAUACAGACACCAGGAUUGCACCCUGGAAUGUUUUCAGCACUAAUGCCAUGGGUUUCAGGACUAGAUUUCAAGAUGAGGAUGAGCAAAUAUUCAAGAACAGCGUAUAUCUUCGCGUUGGCAAGGGACAAGGGAUCAGGGGAAGCACUUUCACCAUAUUCAAUAUCUUACAAGUUGGAUCAAACUGACGAAGAAAAUCUAAAAGCAGGCCUAGAGAAGACACUAAGAAUCUUGGCAGCUGCUGGUGCAGAAGAGAUUGGAACUCAACAAGAAAAAGGGAGGAGUUUGAAGGUGAACGAAGCAAGUUUGAAGGAGUUUGAGAGGUUUGUGAAAGAAGAAAGUUCAAUAGAAAUUGGAAAACAUUCAGUUCCUAUAUGUUCAGCACAUCAAAUGGGAAGUUGUAGAAUGGGAGUUGAUCCAAAAACUUCAGUGGUUAAUUCUAAAGGAGAAACAUGGGAAGUAGAAGGUUUAUUUCUUGGUGAUUCAAGUGUGUGUCCAACAGCAAUUGGAGUGAAUCCAAUGGUCACAAUUCAGGCCAUUUCUUAUUGCACUGCACAAUCUGUGCUCCAACUUCUCAAGAAUCAAAAGUUGGGGUGAAAAUGUUGUUUAUGUUUAUUUAAGUUUGUUUAAUAUCUCUACCUUCAACUUAUGAGUAGAUGUUGAACUCCCUUCGGCUAGUUCAACAUCAACUCUCCUACUUUGGCACGAGUAGUUUUAGAAUAAUCAUGAACCACUGUAAUUGGAGA